AUUUCUAGCUCGAACAAGCAUGCUAUCUGUGUUCCACAUAUGAAAUGUAUCAUUUUCCUUGACAAACACAAUGACAAUACGCGUGAUGCAAGAAUCGCAGGCGUAAUGUCAGGUUAUCAACGCACCUCAUCAUCAUCGCCGUCACCGUCGAUUGCUAGAUCCGCUCGUUUCUACGGCUGCCAAUGGAGAAAAAAACGAAGAUGGAAUGUCGCGAGAGGCUAAAUUUAAUGUCGCGAGGAACGCGCGACAGUGCUUUAAAUGUAAUACGUAAUAUGCCGCGCUUCUUUCAUAUACGACCAAAGGGAGUUGCCUUGAUAAUAAGCGACUUAUCCGAGCGACUGAAUGAUUGAUCAUCAAUGUCGUGUAGUAAUAUUGGACGUGUAUCAUUGAUGCGAUAUUGGACGUUUUAUUGGAAAGUAAUGUAGACAGACACGUUACAUUAUUAAACGUAGCCUAGGAAAUAUGUAGAAUAUACUAAUGUUUCUUUCCGACAUGAUUAAAUGUUGUCUUUUUUAAUUUCUAAAACCGAUUUACUUAUUGUUUAAGAUAAUCUUAUCGCUUCUGUUUUUUUUUACUACAGGCACUCCGAUCACGCUUGAUUGUAGAGAUUUAUGAUAACUUUAUAUCAUUUAAUAUUGCUACUAAAAAGAUUUAGAUAAUUUUCUAUUAAUUCUGUACGACUCGUAUUUCAUAUAAACGUUAUAUACUAAUUUUUAUAUUACUAUCAUCAUUAAAAAAAUUCUUUAUAAAAGAAUUAUAGUAAUAACGUUGUUUAUCUUAAUGAAAAUCUUUCAGAUAAUUCUAAAUUUAAAAUUUCUGAAAUUCUCGAGUUAUUUUCAUAAUCAGUAAAAUUGUGAUUUGCAAGUAUUAUUACCUGUGAUUGAUUAAUUACAAUCUUCAAAGAACGCUUGUGAUUGAGAUACUUUCUACAAAAGAUGUUGCACUUAUUCGAUUACUGUCUAUUGUUUAAUUCGUAUUAUUUAUAAGAUCGAUCAAUGUCGUACAAAUAUAGAUUCAUCAAUACUAAUAUGAAAAAAUUCUUUAUUGUCUCCUUAAAAAUUCUACUUGCACCGCAGGAACCCUAGCGAGUGAUUAACCAGAAGCUAGGAGAAGCUUUUUCUGCCCCACCAACCGGUCGGUAGCGUUUAUCCACGCCGAGAGGCGCGUCACAUCUGGACGAAUACGCAUGCGUUUGGCGAGAGAACGGAAAGAGGGUGGAAACGUCGACCAAUGAGUAUCCGACGAACGAUAGCUGCCCGGGCGGAGCGUAACAGCAUAAACGAGUGCGGCAGAAGCGGAUUCUGCCACACGACGUCCGACAGCCGAGGGAAGACGUACGUCGUACCAUCUAAGGAAAUCUCAAGAAGGUAUCCUUAUUAGAAGUCCAACAUUUCAUUUUUAAGUGAGUGUCCUCACUUAAAGUGAGGAGUGAGUGACAGUUGGUCGUUCUUUAACUUCCCUCGGCAACGAGUCGUGCGAGAUCUGCCACUCGACAUGGAAACGCAAAGCGAAAAACGAAGGGCGCAGCACGAGUUUUGAAGAGAAAUUCAGAAGAAAAACGGGCAGAUUAAGAAAUAGGUGAAGAUGCUUCACGGCGCUCUGCCGAGGGCCUUCCUGGCCCCGGGUCUUAACUACAUGAGCUAUUACAGCGAAGAGAUUCAUCCUACUUACGCUGCGCCGCCGACCACGUGGCACAUUCCGAUGGAGGAUCCAUCCUCGCCGAUUUACGCGCGGAUCCCACCAGCCGAACAUCAUACGUCAUUAUCCUGGGAAUCUUCGAGGUCUUCGACGCCGUGUCCCUUGGAUCUGUCCUUGAAGCCGCCGCCGACGCCGAAUACCCCAAAGACAGAAGAGAUGAUCGAAGUCGGUGACGAAAAAGAUCUCAGGAUCCGCGAACAAGUUCAGGCUCGAACCGAAGAUCACAGAGACAGUGAGGAGGAUCAACAGCUGGUUGUAGACGACUUGGACACCUUACGAAGCUCUUCAGCACAGAAUCAUCAAAGCCACUACGAACGACUGAUUCUUAAUAAAGAAUCGCCUCGCUUUCACGACUCGAUUGUUGAUAAGCUCCAUCAUCUUCCCGAAGAGAGUACUCGAUUGCCACCGUAUCCCGGAAGUGAGCUCGCUUCAAAAUAUCACUUGCAUAAUCAGAAGCUGCUCUUGACGAGUCCGACGCAUUUACAAUCGAUCCAGGGUUAUCACCAGCAGCUACUUUUAACACCCCAACAACAUCUUCAGAGUGUGCACGCGCCUAUGACUCCACCUAGUACACCAUCACCACCUCAGUGUCCUAGGAGAAGAGUUCGAGAAGAAGACCUCGUCUCACCGUCCUCGGGACCACCCACCAGCGGCGCCUCCCUGUCGACUCCGAAGCAAAUCAGCAACGAGAAGACCGCCGCCCAGAGACCCAAGAAAAAACACGCCAGGCGGCUCAAAUUCGACGAGGAUACCAGCAGCCCGGUAUCGGGUACCGUAAUCUUGGGCCCAGAUGAGGCGGUGGUGACCGGCGACAUCGAUCCCGCCUUCAAUAUCGUUGAGGUCACGGAGGAGGCGCGCGCCGAACUGGCCAAGAUCGAAAAUCGGCUCGGACCAUAUCAAUGUAAACUUUGCCGGCAGCUUCACGAGGACGCCUUCCAGCUGGCACAACAUCGAUGCUCCCGAAUUGCCCAUGUGGAGUAUCGUUGUCCCGAGUGCGAUAAGCGGUUUUCCUGCCCUGCUAAUUUGGCGUCCCAUCGACGUUGGCAUAAACCCAGAUUACCUAACACCGACAGUUCCGCGACGUCGUCAUCCACGUCGUCAUCGGGGAACAAUGCUGAGAUCCCGUGCACCAGAUGCGAGGCCAAGUUCACGAGGCAGGCUGCCUUGCGUAAACACCUUGCCACUCAACACCCUGAGACCAACAACAACAUCAGCAAUAAUAAUAAUAAUAAUAAUAAUAAUAAUAAUAACAACACUGGAGUCGAUGGUCAGGAAACCAUUGGUAAAGCAGACAUCGCCCAGACAGUCCCGACCAGCCAAUUGACCAACGAGAUGACUUGACACCAAUUUCCGGCAAGACCGCUGCCGAGACGACCCGGACUCUACUGGAGAUUCGGCCUCGAUUUGUAAGAAAUAAUGACAUUCUUUCAUUCACUAAUUGGUUCAACGGUUUUCAUAACGAGUACAUAAUCAAAACAUGCUCUUUUGUAACGUUUUAUUGAGAUUAAGAUUCGCUAAGAUUUGCUGAGGGAAGAAAAAAA